AUGUGGCAGCGAUUAUCUAUAAGCUGGGCCUCCCCCUUGCAACAUACGGGUAUCUCAGAUGACCGUGUUGUCAGAGCUGAACAAACAAAGGACUGGGAAUCAGAGCAGCUAGACCGUACACAUUUACUAAACGAACACAAACCGUUAGUGGUAGUAACAAACAAACACCUUCAUGAAAAGAAAGGCAAUCUUCAGUCUUUGCAGAAGGAACCACAGCAAGACCGCACAAGAUCAAUAACUUCACCAAAACCGUCAGUGAUAUUUACAACUAAAACCCUUCCUCAACAGACAAGUAGUUUGAAGACUAAACAAAUAACAAAAGAAGUUAUUGCUGCAAUAGAAAUUGGAUACACCCAUUCAGGAUAUGUCUUUUGUUUGGGUAAAAAGUUUGCUUUGGAGGGAAUUGGUCUAUAUUGUUCUAACUGGGAAGCAAGAGAUAAGGGAGUUGUCAGUUUUAAAACCUCAACUGCGAUUUUGUUCAGACCUGAUACAUCUGUUCAUAGUAUUGGUUACGAAGCAGAGGAACAUGUCAGCAGAAUUCAAGGCGAAUCAGAUUCUGGAAAAUGGUUCUUUUUCAAAAACUUCAUGGUGGAAUGUUACAAACUAAAGGCUACAUCUGUUGAAGAUUUGAUUAUAAAAGAUUUUUUGCAAAACAAUGUUACAAUGAAAGCAGUGGAUGUGAUAUCUAGCUUUAUUAAACAAAUGAAAGACAAACUGGUGAAUGAAUUAAUACGACGACUUCUAGGGUACACCGACAAUGAUAUACAUUGGGUGAUAACAACACCGGGGAAAUUAGAACCUCCAAUACACAAGCUGAUGAACACCGCCAUCACAAAGACUGGAAUCAAUCCUGAUCAGUUGAAAAUUGUACAGGGACCCGAAGCCGAGCUAAUGUAUAAUCGAACGUUUACUGGUUCACCAUCUUCAUUUGGCGAAGAACAGAUUGCGCCACUGCCGAAAUUCUACAGGUCUUUAUUAAUACAUAUAGGAGGUUGUAAGCACCUCCAUUUUAAUUUAGGGGUAGCUAUCAAUUUGACUGUGGUAGAAGUAAAUGAAAAGAAAACAAAUAUCCUUGAGACAAUUUUUACUACAAAUGAAAGUGCAAAACAAGCGUUUAUAAGAUUCUUAACCCGCUUAUUUGGAGGGGAUGUUUUGAAGUAUUUAAGAGAUUACCAUCCAUUGGAAUAUUCUGAACUUCUACAUAAUUUUGAGAAGAAACUGAAAUACUUUGAGUCAGGUAAAGUAGUAACUGUUCGUGUUCCUCCGAAAUGGUACGAUGCAUAUAGAGAAUUUACCGGUGACAUACUGACUAAUGCAAUAAACCAAACAACAUUCAGGGACGCUGUGUCAUUUCAGAAUGACAAAAUAAGGAUAAGUCCAGAGUUGUUCCGCAAGUUUUACGAAAAUGCUACAGAUUUUACCAUUGAAAUGGUAGAGAAGACUUUAGCGAAGCAGUCAGCAUUAGGAAUCGGCGUUGUGUUUAUAGCAGGUGAUCAUGUAGACCACGUGUUUGUAAAAACAUUGAAGGAAAGAUAUCCGGCUCAUAAAAUUAUUGUUUCCAAGAAUCCAGAACUUGUUGUUCUGAAAGGAGCAGUUUUAAAUGAGAUCAUGGAAUAA